CAAACAUGUCGAGAGUAUUGGCAUUGUCUUGCGAGUUCCACUUUGGAACCUUUCGAAAUACCAAGAGGAUGGAGCUCCUUUCUCAAAUACCUGCGUACCCAGGGCUCUGCUCCCUUCUGCAAUGCUUUUUGGUUUGAACCUUUCCUCUACUCAUCUUACCAGUCACUCGUUACAACUACUCGUUUCCGUAUUCUUCUUAUAAUUCUUUUAAUUUCAAUUGUUUCCUACCCUCUCUAGAAAUGAAGUCAUUUGCCGUGCUCUCCGCGUUGGGGGCAACUAUUGUCCCAGCACUUGCUGGACUUGUCCCUCGCCAGUCUGGAAAACUGCCUCCAGUUGAGGUCAGGGGAAACGCUUUCUUUACAGGAAACGAACGCUUCUACGUUCGUGGAGUUGCCUACCAGCCAGGCGGUGCCUCCGAUGCUAAGGACCCUCUCCUGGAUCUUGAUGGACUUAAACGCGACGUGGAAAACUUCAAGAAGCUUGGGAUCAAUACUGUUCGUAUCUACACCAUCGAUAACUCCCAGAAUCAUGAUGCCGGUAUGAAGAUUCUUGACGACGCGGGUAUUUACCUGGCCUUGGAUGCGAACACUCCCGACUACUCGCUCAACCGCGCAAGCCUCCAGUCACUCCACCAGUCCUACAACGACGAAUAUCUGCAGUCAGUAUUUGCAACUGUCGAGCAGUUUGGAAAGUACGACAACACCCUUCUUUACUUCUCUGGUAACGAAGUCAUCAAUGCGAGGAACAACACCAACGCUGCUCCUUAUAUCAAGGCAGUGACCCGUGACAUGAAGAGAUUCAUCAACAACCGUCUGGAGCGCAAGAUUCCCGUUGGUUACUCCGCCGCCGAUGUUGCCGAGAACAUUGAGCAGCAAGCCCUCUUCUUCAACUGUGGCACUGAUGACGAGCGCUCUGAUUUCUUCGCCUUCAACGACUACUCUUGGUGCGAUCCCUCUUCAUUCAAACAGUCCGGUUGGGACCAGAAGGUCAAGACUUACGAGGACUACAACAUCCCCCUCUUUCUUUCUGAGUUCGGAUGCAUCACCAAUACUCGCGAGUGGGGUGAGAUUGCUUCCUUGUACCACACCAAUAUGACCGGCGUCUACUCUGGAGGCCUCGCAUACGAAUACACCGUCGAGCCCAACGGUUACGGUCUCGUCGAGCUCAAGAACGGAAAGAUCACCCCCAACGAAGACUUCGAUCGUCUCGUCGAUGCAUACAAGAAGACCAGCAACCCCCAGGGUGGCGGUGGCUUCAAGCAACGUGGUGAGAAGUCCCAGUGCCCUCCCGAGGAUGAAGAAUGGGAGGUCAGCAGCACCCUUCUGCCUGCCAUUCCUCAGCGCGCUCUCCGCUUCAUGACCGAAGGUGCCGGUAAGGGUCCCGGUCUUGAGGGUACCUCGCAUUUCGGAAAGGGUGUCUCCUCCACGACCGCUACUCCAGGAUCUGGCCAGGCAACCCGCACUCCUACCGGUGGCGCUUCUGCUGAAAACAGCGAGGGACAACCAGGUGCUGCCGCCAACGUUGAGAUCCCUCUCCGCUUCCUCGGCCUCCUCGCUGCGAGUAUGCUCUUUGGCGCUGUACUUGUAUUCUGAGCGGAAUGAGCUUCGCGGAUACAUGAAAAUGGAAGAAUUUGUGAAUAGCUGAAUAUCCCUCUUUUGGAAAAUUUUGGAAGACAACAACUCAAAAUCCAUCUUUUCCGCGUACAUUUCUUGGAGUUUUUUUUUUAUCGUGUGACCUGUGCUGGUUAUGGGUGGGCCAAAUCUCUGACAAUUUUAGAUGUGCCUCUGCAUAGGGGCUUUUUUUACACAACACAUUUCAAUCGGCGUAUAUAAGCGUGACACCUUUUUUUUCUUUGCC